UACCGGAAAUUGUCAGUAAACCAAUUCACUACACCACCAAUCAGAGUAGUGAAUUUAAGCCAUGUGACUGUGUUACACAUGUUUUUCUGUGGCAACCCGGAAACCUGUCAUCUCCUCAUGUCACUUUACCAUUGAAUGUCAUGUUAUCUUUUUCAAGACACAGGCGUUGAAAACGUGUCAAAAUGUUUGCACGUACUGUUUGGAGGAAAAUGUGUUCUUUCUUCUAGCAGAACAACAGAUGUAUGCCAGUCAUCUAGCCAACCUUCACCGGCAAACCAACAUUCAAGAGAAAGAAGCUCUCUUUUUCUAGACCCAGACACCUCGAAGGAUCAAUAGCAAAGGUGCCUGUCGGCAUGAUGAUACGACAAGGUUUUCAAGUGGUACGAGGACUUCAUCGACAUGGAAUGAAAUGGAGUGGACUCGCCGGUCGGCAGCCGAUCAACCGGGUGCCUGUAUCUCAGUCUAUGGGUGUGGGUGUUCGUGUUCUGACGAUGUCGUCAUGGCCUUUCUCGUCGCCUCCACGGGACUACAGCCUGCCCAAUGAUUCCUGGAGUCCAGAGAUGCGAAACUUAUAUGACCACUACAACGCGCUAUGUGAAGUUGAGGAGGAAGGACAGAAGAAGAGGGGACCAUGGAGGAGGCUACCCAGUUACAAUCGCACUCUUAAAUAUGCCACUGGUGGCCAGUGUCUCAGUAAGGUCCUACAGGCCAAAGCCAGGCUCUUCACUCGGAACACUGAAGAACCGGGAGCGAGCUUUGAGUAUGUGGUCUUCCUCAACAAACAAGAGAAGAGCUGUGUGUGCAUCUUCCAAGCUGGACAUCUUUUGGAGGGACCCCCAGGGCAUGUCCAUGGUGGAGCGAUCGCCACCAUCAUAGACUCUGUCACUGGAACAAUCGCAACCUACCUGGCUGGGCCAGUCAUGACGGCUAACCUCAACAUCAAUUACCGCAGCCCCAUCUCUCUGGGCAGUGUAGUGUUGGUGCGCAGUGCGCUGGAGAAGACCGAGGGCCGCAAAACCCUCAUUUCCUGUCAGGUUACCAGCGCAGAUGGAGCCAGGCUGCACACAGAGGCCACAGGGUUAUUUGUGGCAAUCAAUGUGGGCCACCUAUUUGGAACGUGAUGUGCGAACCGAACAACCUGUGCCACAAAAA